AUGGAAUUUGGUAGUCAACUUAAAAUUCUAUUAUACAAGAAUUUGUUAUUGAAAAAGAAAUCCAAAGUUGGAAUCUGUUGUGAAAUAGUAUUCCCAUUGGUAAUAGUUGGUAUUCUUUUUAUGAUUUUAGGUUUAAUUCAAUCAUUUAAACCAGAUUAUGAUUUAUCAACGGUUCAUCCUUUAGCGUUUAGAGUUGGAUCGGAUAAUCAAAUUUUAUAUGGUCCAACCCCAUUGUCAGCUGACGAGGCUGCAGUCUUAUUGAAUUUACAAACACAAAUCUCAGUGUUGGCUGAGAUCUCUCUUAAUGAGAGUCAGAGUUAUUUCUUGCCAUUCUCGAGUUCCACUGUAAUGGAGGCAUUCUUUGCCAAUCAUUCGAAAUCAAUUUUCGCAGGUAUAUGGUUCAACAAUACUGGUGGUGCAUUGUCUUCCACCAAUCCAUUCAGUUACGCAAUCAGAAUGGAUGCUGACAACACUCCAGCAACUGAUGACCAAUACAACAAAGAUGAAGAUGCCAAAGAGUAUACCUCAUCAGGUUUUGAGUCACUCCAAGUUGCAAUGGAUCAAUCUAUUAUGAAUCAUCUCGGUGUCAAUGUUUCACAAAUUGCAGUCGGUUCCAAGCGUUAUCCAAACCCAUACAAUGCAAAUUGGCAAUCUUGGAAUGACGGUCGUGAUGCUAUCUACAAGAAUGCAGGUGGUGUAUUCAUUACUGCUGCUCUCUUUAUCUUUUCAUUCCGUCUCAUCACUGAGUUGGUCAUUGAGAAGGAAACUAAAAUUCGUGAGGGUAUGAAAAUGAUGGGUAUGAACGAUCUCCCAUAUUUCCUCAGUUGGACAAUCACUUCUUUGAUGAUUGGUAUUCCAGUUACUUUAAUAGUCUACAUUAUGAAUAGAGCCAGUAAUUUAGUAUACCAUACAGAUUGGGGAACUCUGGUAGUUUUAUAUCUUUUUUAUUUAUUCACUUUGAUUCUCAUUGGUUUCAUUGCCAGUAUUUUCUUUAAUAAUUCUAAAUUUGCUGGUAUUUUAACAUUCAUUGCAGUUUUGGUAUUGGCUGUUAUUGGUAUUUUCAUUUCCAAAGCCGAUAUGUCAAAAUCAGUUAAAUAUUUACUUUCUUUAAUAUCACCAAUUGGUUUUGCUUGCGCAAACUAUGAAAUUGCUACCAAGGAUUUGAUUGAUGUCAUGGCUCACCCAACUAAUAAUACUUCUGUUGGAGGUAUCAUUUUGAUGAUGUUGGUCGACAUUGUUCUCUAUUUGGUAAUCUAUUGGUAUUUGAAUAAUAUUGUAUCUGGUGAGUUUGGUACAAGCAAGCCAUGGAACUUUUGUUUCAAGAAGAGCUAUUGGAUCUCUGAAAAGAAAGAUCCAUCUCUCAUGUCAGCCGAUCUCGAGUCGUUCGGUAGCAAUGAAGAUAUUGAAUCGAUUCCAACAGAGGUUCGUAAGAAUGUAACUGUUAGCAUUCGUAGUCUUAGAAAGGAAUUCCAAACUGGAAACGGUUUGAGAGUAGCCGUCGAUGAAUUGUCUUUGGAUAUGUAUUCAGAUCAAAUUCAUGCAUUCCUCGGUCAUAAUGGUGCCGGUAAAUCAACUACUAUCGGUAUGUUGACAGGUCUACUUCCACCAACUAGCGGUGAUGCCUGGGUUCAAGGUUAUUCUAUCAACUCACAAAUGAACAAUGUACGUCGUACUCUUGGUGUAUGUCCACAACACGAUAUCAUCUGGAAAGAGCUAACCGUCUUAGAGCACUUGAAGAUUUACGCCGCUUUGAAAGGAUUGAGUGGAAAACAAGUCCAAACUGAAGCCGAGAAGAUGGCUCAAGAAAUUGGAUUAGCUGAAAAGAUUAAUGCUCAAGCAGGUACUCUUUCUGGUGGUCAGAAACGUAAGCUUUGUCUCGGUAUCGCAUUCAUUGGUCGUUCUGAAGUCAUUUUCUUGGAUGAAGUUACCACUGGUAUGGAUCCAUUGUCGAGAAGAGGUGUCUGGGAUUUCCUUUUGAAAUACAAGCAAGGUCGUACCAUUAUUCUCACAACACAUUUUAUGGAUGAAGCUGAUUUCCUUGGUGAUCGUAUUGCCAUCAUUUCACAUGGUCGUCUUCGUUGUGAUGGAAGCAGUCUCUUCUUGAAGAAGAAGUUUGGUAUCGGUUAUCUCUUGACAUUGGCCAAGAUUCCAAAUGCCUGCAACUCUGAAGGUGUUACAAACUUUAUCCAACAACACAUUCAAGAGGCAGUUGUACUCUCAGAUGCUGGUACUGAGCUGAGUUACCGUCUUCCAACAUCUUCAGUUGACCAAUUCGUUCCAUUCUUCAAGGCACUCGACCAACAAAAACAAUAUCUUGGUGUUGGUAACUAUGGUAUCUCUGUUACCACAAUGGAAGAAGUAUUCCUUCGUAUUGGUCAAGAAGGAAAGCAUGGACAUGGUGGACAAUUCAAUAUCAAUGCUAAUGAAAAUCACAAUGAAGAGGCAAUCAAGAGAGCAAUCUCUACAUCAUCUGUCGGUGUCAGCUGGAAGCAACAGCUGAAGGGUCUCAUUAUCAAGAGAUUACAUACCUCGAAGAAGGACUUGAAGAGUUUCUUCUUAACCAUCUUGGUUCCAGCUGUUAUUAUUUGUUCUUCGAUCGUUGUCUACAAGGAACUUCGUAUCGAUGGUGAUUAUUUCAACAAUGUAACUGUGCCACUCACUUUCUCCAAUGCCAACUACGACUCUUCCAAUAUCAUUCCAAUCAACGUUCCAGGUCACAACUACGAUAUCUUAAAGAAUGCACCAUAUGGAUCUGAACUCUUUGCCAUUCCGUCGCCAUAUGAUAUGUCUGAUUACCUAAAGAAGAACUUUGUCAACUCGACCAGUGCUCUCAAUUUUACUCAACCAAUUAGUGAUCAACAACUUGCUUACAAUGUUUAUUACAACAAAGGUUACCUCCACGCAACACCAACACAAGUCAACUUUGUUCACGAUGCUAUCCUUAGAAACAAAACAAACAUUGGUAUUACAACAUCGAGUGCUCCAUUCCCACAUGUACUCUCUGCCAUUGAAGCGGCGGUCAGCUCUGUCGAUAUGAAUGCAGUAGUAUACUUUACCAUACUCUUCAUGGGUGGAUAUUCUUUGAUGGCUGCAUCGUUCGCUGGUAAUAUGUGUGUUGAACGUGUAUCAAACAUCAAGCGUCUUCUUUACAUCUCUGGUUGUAAGAAAUACGUCUAUUGGCUUUCCAAUCUUCUUUGGGACUACCUCUUUGCUAUUGUCCUUGUAUUCAUUGUCUCUGGUGUACUUGCAGGUGUUGAAUCGCACUUUGCCGAUCAAUUCGGAAUCAUUCUCUUGGCUCAAUUGCUCUUUGCUUUUGGUGCCAUUCCAUUCUCCUACAUUCUCUCAUACAAAUACACUACUCAUGGUAAAGCAACUGGUGCCAUAUUUGGUAUUCACUUUGGUAUCGGUUUGGUCAUGUUGAUCACCUCGAUCAAUCUUCGUAUCCAAACCAUUGUAGAGCAAAGCUCAGGUAUCCAAACUGCAUCCGAUGUUAUUGACUACAUCUUUUACGCUGUCUCACCAAUCUAUGCUCUUGGACGUAUCAUGAUUAUGACUGUUAAUUUCCCAGGAACAAUGCGUCUUGGUCAAUUCAAGAUCGAUAGCUACUGGGAUAUCAAGGUUUGUGGAGCUCCACUCAUCUACUUGGCUGGACACGCUGUUGUUUGGACAAUCUGGAUUCUCCUCUUGGACUAUGCUCCAGAGAUCAAAGGUGCUUUGAAGAAUCCAAAGAAUGUGCAAUCUCCAAAGGUACCAGAUGAUGAAGACAGUGAUGUCACUUCUGAGCGUCAACGUCUACAUACCUUGAAGGAUAACGAUGAAGUAUUGGUCAUGCGUGAACUUCACAAGAUGUUCCCAGGUAAAGGAAAGAAUCCAGCUAAGAUUGCCGUUAACAAUACCACCCUAGGUAUUCCACGUGGUCAGACCUUUGGUUUACUAGGUAUGAACGGUGCCGGUAAGACAACAACUCUUUCAAUGUUGUCUGGUGAUUUGGUUGCCUCUGCUGGUAGUGCAACUAUCAAUGGAUUCGACUUGAUCUCUCAACGUUCAAAGGCUCUCAGAUCGAUUGGAUCGUGUCCACAAUUCGACGCUCUAAUUCCAUUGUUAUCUGGUCGUGAACAACUCUGGCUCUACUGUCGUAUCAAAGGUAUUCCAGAGCAUCAAAUCGGAGAGACUGUUGAGGCAUUCUUGAGUAUGAUGGAUUUGCAAGGAUUGGGUAACACCAACACCGGUGGUUACUCUGGUGGAAACAAACGUAAGGUAUCACUCUCCAUCGCUAUGUUGGGCAAUCCAUCUGUUGUCUUCUUGGAUGAGCCAUCCAGUGGUUGUGAUCCACAAGUUCGUAGAUUCAUGUGGAAUGUCAUCUCUGAACUCGGUGCCAACAAGGUUAUCAUCAUCACAACUCACUCGAUGGAGGAAUGUGAAGCACUCUGUCAACGUGUCUCUAUUAUGAAAGACGGUAAAUUCACUUGCUUAGGAUCAAUUCAACACGUCAAAUCCAAGUUUGGUUCAGGUUACUCGAUUGACUUUAAGUUGAAGAAAGAGUACCUGGAGACUGGUAUUGAGAUUAUCGAGCGUACCCUCCCAGGCAUUGAGCUUUUGGAUCGUCACGAUCUUAUCGUAAACUUUGAACUCCCAAGCAAGAGCGGUGGUCGUGAUGUAAAGGUUAGCGAUAUCUUUGAUGUAAUCCAACAACAAUUGCACUUCAUGGUUGAGGAUUACUCUGUCAGUCAAACAUCAUUGGAACAAGUUUUCUUGAAACUUACCUCUGCUACUUAUGAAGCUCGUCUAAAUCAACUUUCAGAAUCUCAACAAAAUCAACCAUUAUAUAUGAAUUAA